CUCUUUCCUAUUUUUCUCUCGUCACGUCCCGUUCUUCUUUCAUCCUGAUACUCCAAGGCGGAUCUCGCGCGCGCGCGCGCGACCUAACGACGCGAUGAAUUUCUCUCGAGAGCCGACCGACGAACGCACGGCGUGGCUCCAUGCGCUUCGCCGCGCCUCGCUCCGGCUAUAAUUAACAAAACCGCUCUCGUACUGCCGAGAGAAACUGUUCCCUUGUAACGUGCUGACGCUCGCGAUCAUGCCGCCUCCCGACGAAACUGUGUUUUAAUCGAUUCCACCGAUUCGAAGACAAAUCGAUCAAAAGUGUAUCGUAGGUGGUGAGAGACAGUAUCCGAGCAGAUGGAUCGUCGUUAGAAGCUGAGAAGAAAGAGGCGAGACUGUGUCCAGGGCACGCGAACGCGAGCAAACACGGCCACCGCGAACCUUGACCGUGAGUCUCUGUUCAGGUCUUUCCGUGGAACGACCGACCUAUUAACCGAUCUAUUCUCAUCUCUGGCGGCGUACUCGACGCGCGACCGCCUUACGAACGCGACGUUUCUCCGCGUUCGCGUCUUUCAGUGUAAAAAGUGAGUUUGAGCCUUUCUGCGAUCAGGCUCGACAAUUUCGUUGCGUACGUCGCCAGUGUACGCCAGGAAAGAGAGCAGCUGGUACAACUGCCGACGUUUCGAACAACCGUGACAAGUGGAUUUCGCGAGUGUCGAGAAAGAACGAGCUUCGGAGACGUCGGUGUGCGAAGCGGAAUCCUCUCCCGGAUCGCGACGGUUGCCACGUUUCGAAUAGCAGUUUCGUUGGCGAUGCGCGAGUAGGAUAAAGGAGAAGAGAACGGCCGAGAGAGACAGCGAGGAACCAGCGGCGAAGACAGAGGAGAGACGCUUUUAAACCGAUGAGAUGACAGUGCUGUGCGUGUUGUGGGCGACUCUGUCCACCGUGGCAUCGAUUCUCGCCUGCUCCGGAUUUUACCUGCCUUACUGGAUUCAGGGACGACUGCUAGGAAAGGCAGACGCGUACUUUAGUUCCUUUCGACGCUGCAACUAUCCACGGCUGAGGACGACGAACGCCCCUCCCGAAAUAGUUUACGAGUGCGCCAGAUACUCCAGCUUUUGGGACAUUCCGAGCGCCUGGUGGCAGGCGAGCACCGUCACCAUGGGAAUCGGUGUCGCGAUCGCGCUGAUCGGCGCGCUCACCCUGCUAGCCGCUGUCACCAGCUUCCUGCCGCACAUACUGAAAACGCCUAAGCACACCAGAGUCCUGGGCUCCCUGCAGUUGCUCGCUGCAGUGAUGAUAUGCGGCGGCCUGGUGAUGUAUCCUAUAGGAUGGGACAAUCGGGAGGUACAGGAGUCCUGCGGGAAGAGCGCCAACGUAUACAAUCUCGGAAAGUGUUCCGUGUCAUGGUCGAGCCACCUGCUGGUAGGCUCGGUGGCGCUAUUAAUGCUGUGCUUCGGGUUGAGCUUCUGCGCCGCACGACACAAGUCAUCCAACCCACACACCGAUCCUCUGCGCAUUUGACAAUCGAGAUAUUCCCAAUCGAUUCACGCCUAUGCCUCGCCGAAGACGACCACCCUCUCUUUCGUCACGGUCUGUUGAUCGUGAACCGGACGAGCAUCGAGAAACCACCACGAGCCUCUGCGUUCACCUGGGUACGCCACCACACGUCACACACCACACACCACACGUCACAUGUCACACGUCACACGCUUGUGCGCGACUGCGUCGAUCUCGGCGUCUGUCUAAAGCUGGGAUUUCUUAUUAGCGUCGGACGCAUUUACGCGUCUUUCGGUCGAACGCAACAUUUACACGCAGCCAGAUUUCCUAUCGGUGUAACAUACUUGUAUUAUAAUACAGCGAAGAAGAAUACGACGGACAGAAGCGUAACGUACAGUAGAAUUUCGUUUGUACGAACGAGUUGACGAGUCUCUCGCGAGCCAAACGAUCGAUUACGUUAUUAGGUAUCUUCAUUAUUCGAUUCUCAAGAAACAAGUAACUUUUGCGAAUUAGUUUGUUCGUUGCCAGAAGAUAUAUAAUAGGAUAAAUUCUAGAGUAAAUUUAAAAAAUAGCGUUUUUAAAGUCACACUCUGUUGUUCGACCGAAUAUAAUUUUAAUCGCACGCGUAUUCUUACAACGACUAUACGCGAUCGUUUGCGUUGCAAACUAAAUUCCCAAUGUCGAAGAAGAAACAGUUGAACAGGAUACCGAGACCACUGCUUCGCCACAAUUCCCGAAUAUCAAGUUGUAUCGUUCGAACUAGUCAGACGAGGUCUUUUCUCAAAAUUUAUCGCUAGAGUUGCUCGGUUAUCCGAACUAACGUGUUCCCCUGUUGAGAAACGAGCUUCUACUGUGCUUCUAAAUAAUUUUCAACCGUUGCAUUUGCAUUAGACACGAUGGACGCUUAUAGGAAAUCCUAUCUUAACGCGUCUCGCACUUUACUUACGAACAUCAUUACGGAAUUACCUUGAAACGACCACCGAUCGUCUUGUCGAUCGACAACGUCUUUUUAUCGACGGUAUUUCGCCUGCAUCAAACUUCGUAAACGAUGUGCACUUACCGACAAGUUGAAGCUAUCGACAAGAUCGUCAUCGACACCGAGUUUCGUCAACGGUGUGCAAACCGUCGUUAGUCAGCACUCGAAUAAUACGACAGUGUUUUAUUUUUGUUUCUUCCGUAACGCUUCGUCUCGUGAUAGUUUCUCCAACAUAUUGUUCAUCAGAAACUGCGUCGUUUGUAAGAAGAACAUAGUCGACGAUCUCGCGUCGGUGAACGCACAACGUUGACAAAAGUCGACGAAAACACUGGCGACGAUGUCAAUCCGAUUAGCGCGUGCGUAGCAUCGUUGAAGCUCAGUGUCGAAAUAUUCGUCGAUGAAAAAUUCGUGAAUGAUCUUGGUCAUCUAAAGGUAAUUUUUAUGUGUAUAGCAUAGCGUUUGCUCCACCGGACGGUGUUUUCGUUCCUGGUUUCCGAACCGUGUUAGACGGUUCGCCUCGACACCCUAUCGAUACCGCCCCCCUCCCACCGUUAAAAAAAGUUUCUCCGUAAAAAGAAAACAAAAAGAAAAGAAGAAAAAACGUAGAUGCGCGGAAUGCAGGAACAUCGUCUACGGUAUGUUUGAAGGAAGAGAAAUUCCAGGAAGAUUCAUCGAGGAAUAAAACUGGACGCGACCGAAGGAGCGAAUGCAGCGGGGAGCGAGCCUAGUUUGUUAAUCGAUGCGAAGCUUCUGGCAGCGUCAGACCACGCGAGAUUCUCGCGUAUUUGAACGAAUCGUUUCGCGUUACGAUCCAGCCGUCGCGGCUAAAUUAAAUUACGCGCGCACGACCUGACUUUCCAGCGCUCCUCGGUGUCGCAGACAGCGAUUAAUUUCCAUCAAGCAAGUCAAACCCUAGCUAGAAUCAGUGACAACGCGGUCGCGUGAAACGACUUUGCUUUCUGGAUCCGAUGGCACGGCUGUUCCUCUCCUUAGCAAGAGACGAGUUAACUCGAGUCGCCUAUUUCGAUGUAAUUUGGUUUCUUUACGUCGACGGCUAGUAGCGAGCUGUAGCGCGACUUUGUACGAAACAGUUUUGUUUCGUGGGUUUUAUACAAAAAUAGGGAAAUUAUCGAUCGGGCCGUCGGAGCGUUGCUCUCUCGCGCACGAGACGAUAGACAAUUUUCGUCCUACCACGACGCUUUAAUUGGAAAUUCUCUAUCUUUUUACGUGUCGUUUACUACGGUACCCGUUGCAUCUACGCGCGAUGAAAGAUCGCUCAUCCGUAUCGGAGCUUAGCCAGGCUCCGACGAAAAAAGAGACGUUCCGAGUAGCAAGAAUACUUUAGACAGGUAACGCGAUCUCUAGACACCUGUUCGUUGUCGAAAGCAAACUCUCGCCUAUGUUCUUUAUGACCAGCAUUUGAUAUUUGGUAUUCGAACGCUAGUAGCUCGGAGUUCGCUUCGGGGCGUUCCGUAUCCACCUCUGUAUCCAGCUUUCGGUUGUUUCUCCGGCAAAUUCACUCUCCUCGGAGCUGGAUAAGGCAACGGUCACGCUGCGUUGCCUUUUUCACUUCAUCUUUGUUCGCGAGUUCACCAUUCGAAAGACUAAACUUUCCACGUUUAAUCCUCGUUGUCUGGAGCGAUCGCGGUAAGUAAAUUUGGUCGAGCGAUGGCGCGUUUCGCCGCCACCGAUUAUCGGCGAGGAGCAUAUGGGAAAAUUGGAAAAAUCGAAGGACGGCUGAUACGUCAACGAUACUCGAACCGCGCUCGAAAUUCUAUGCCGGAGCUCGUUAGCUGUGCGCCAACAAAAGGCUUAGGUGGCUCGAUUCAGCCGGUCUAGUGAAAAGAACGAAUCACGACGCGCCAUCGACCUCUUUCCUAAUUUGCAUGGAAGGCGCUCGUCGAAUCGCGGUUCGCCGCAAUUAAAAUUAUGCGACCGAAAAGGAAAAAAAAAAAAGGGGGAAAAGAGGAACGAGAAGAAACGGCGGGAGGAAACAGGGGGAGGACAGCUGUUGGGAGUUUGAUUUUCCUGGCGGAUUUUCGAGCAGGUACCCUCGAACGCGGCAUUUCACGAAGCCGGCUCGCAUUGUGUGGAUUAAAUCCGCGAUGCUCGAAGAGACGCGGGGGCCGGCUCGUUCUGGUUCCACGCAUCGUCGGUUUCUCGCGGUCGCGCUCUCGCGUAAGCUUCAUCCGUGGUCGAUCCGGGACCACGGAACAUUGGAUUCGUCGCGGUUCGACGGACCGAACGCGUGGCCAAAUCAACGUUCAGUUUCCAAAUCUUUGAAUUCCACCGACGUUUUGACUUUUCCGUGCAAACGAAACUCGUACAAAACUGUACGACAGGGUUAAAGCGUAUAUUACGCGUUGGUCCUUGCAAAACAGUGGAAGCCGCGAGAAAGGGAAAAGUGACGUAAAGAGAGCGGAAAAAGAGAACUCGAUGGGAGGUCACGUGUUACGCGAUUUUCCGGCCGCGGCAAAAACAACGGCGCCUUUGAAAAAUGUCAUAAAAUCGCUAAAAGCCACGGUCUCUGUUUCUGUCCGCUUUUUCACCUCCCCUGCCCGUCUCUUGCCCCAUCCGCGCCCUCUUUCUUUCUCUCUGUUUCGCUUUGUGCGAAACGAGACACGAAAUUUUCGAGUGCACCGCUAGACGCAAAACGUAACUGUAAAACCGUGACUCGCUCGUCCGUGCUUUUUCCUACCAUUCCUUAGCCUCGUUAACGACAGGCGUGGACUAAUUGCAAAGCGGACUACCACCGCGCCUACACCGCUGUUCUAGCAUUCUAGCGCGAGCUCGACAACGCGCAACAUUUCCAGAAACUACCGUUUUAUUCGAAACGUCGUGAAUUUUACAAUUGAAAAUACCCCUUGCAACUUCGAAACCGGUUACCAUUCAUAUCCAUGUUUCUUAAGACCUUCUUGCCUGUUUUCAUAAGUGCUACGUGCUCUCGAAAUUCAAGCGCAACUUUUUCGAACACCCUGUAUAUUCGCGCGACGUUCGUUCCAAGAUGAAUCCACAGAGACUACCGCCUUCUUAUUAAAAUAACAUCGAGAAGAUUGCAUUCGCAAGAAACGGUCGUGGAAGCGCGCAAACUUGCUACGGAGUGUUUCGAACGCGGAUCUGUAUUUCCUUAGCGUAACGCGGAAAGUAUAUGAAACUCGGCGGAGCGGUUUAAACGAACGGUAAUUUAAAUGGUAAUCGAGGCAGACGGUAUCGCGCGGCGAUUCUAACCUAAAUUUAAAACGUCAAAACUUGCGCACUUCUCGUUUCUAUCGUCGGAGGAAUCAAUUGCGGUGUUUCCUGGUCGCGCUAACGCGAAAGUUGUUCGCGCGGAAACACCGAAGAAGAGCGACCGCCGACGAAAGAUUUACCGUGCGAGGAUACGAGGAACCGGUGUAAAAGAAGAGUCGCAGAGUGAAACAAUCGAACGAGGUACACGUCGCGUUCGCCCGCCUCGAGUUUUUCUCCUUUCGCUCCUUGUUCCUCGACUUUGCGCUUUAUUCGUCCUCCAGCCGUUCGACCAACACACGUCGGAACGUGUCCUCGGCGUUACGCCGUUACACCCCGUGGAAAUUAUUACGCUCGAUUUCCCAUUUUUAACGUCCCUUUCGCCGCCCUCUUUCGGUUCACCCUUCCCCGCCAUUUUCUCGAGGACAGUUUCUCUCGGUGGGCUGAACACGGUUACCUCUUCGCCAGGAACAAGGAGGACCACCGAGCGAUCGAUCGACAUCUUCGGUUCGAGCUGUCCGAAUCAGGGCCCAGGAUCCAGGCAAACUUCCCUUCUAAAUCCAGACUUGUCCACGAGGCUGUGUCUCUCGCACGAUUUCCUCUUCUUGCUAUCUUUCUUCUCACGAUCCCUUUUUUGUCUCUUAUCGACUUUCGGCAUUCUCGCACAGAAUCGUUUCUCUCCUCUCCGCGAACGAAUCACCGAAGAACACCUCGCACAGUGCCUAGCCGCGAGCUAGGGACACGAAAGCGGCGAGAGGCGAAGAGUCUGUUCCCGUGACCGAUCGAGCUAUCGUGACACGAGAAACGAGGGUCGAAAGGUUGGAUUUUCUACGGAUAAGCGUAGCACGUGUGAGUCUUUAACGCGUUGACCGCCACGUCGACGUGCACGUCCGUGACCCAAAUUUUCCUCGGUUACUACGUUUUCUACAACGAUGAAGUAAGAUUGUGCGUUAUGCGCGCACAGGAAGACCGCGAAUUUUUAUACAUUUUUCGGGGGUUUAAUUUCGUGCAAACGGUACAUAUAGCGCGCAUAAUAUAGGAAAACAUACGAAAUAUCGAAAGUACGGUACUCUUUGCAAUUUAUAAUUACAAACGUUACAAAACAGUGCUCCGUUUAUCGGUCCAUUUUUUAAAAUACAUUCGUGCAAAUAAAUUUGCAGAAACAUCCGCGGUCUGUUCGCAACAGUCUACGUAUUUAAUUCCUCCGUGUACGUGCUUGAUCUCUCGACGAUCUGUCGGGACACGAAUUCGCUCUAACCGUAAGCGUCGGACGCGAACGUCUGACGCCCGUAGGAAAUCUCAUCCGAAGAGUCCGAUCGAUCAGCGGAUCGAUCGGCGACUAAAGUUCAGCCAUCGUUCGGAUCUCCGCGAGCGUGCAACGGAAAAACGAGCCGCGACUGCUAGCGAAAAGGUACGACUUUGCGUUUAUAUAAAGCCACCGCAUCGGGCGGAGUUCCAUUAAGAGAGAAACGAGCGCGACUUUCGUUCCAGUCCGAUGCACAGGGUCGACGGCGGUGUGUGCCGACGUACCUAUUGACUUUUCCAUCGAACGAUCUCCGGCAGCGGCCGCGCGAGUAAACCAAAAGCGCGAGACGAGGAAAGAGAGAGAAGAUUACCGUUACUAUUCGCGAAGUGUAUGCCACGACGUGCAUUGGAACGCGGGAUACACGGGGAAAAACGAGAGUAGCCAAAGCCCGGAUACCCCGCGGCGAGUUAUCGACGAAAGUCGGAUGAAACAAAAGUUGGGUGACUCGUUCGCUUAAGAGUUUACGCCUCGAGGAUACGUUGCGGCUUACCGAUCCUCGAUCCUCGUUCGUUCGCUCGCGAUCGAAUUUUCCCUUCGAUUUCCAACGAUCCGCGACCUGUUGCGAGAACGCAAGCUUGUUUCACGUUUCUCGAUCCACAUUGCGUGUCCUCUGUCCAAACAGACUGAAACGCAAAUGGAAUUAUUCGAAAAAACGUUAAUUUUGUCGUGUUUUGUACUUUGUUGCGCUCUGGUCUUCUUCAGGGAAAAAACAUUGUUAAUUAAAACGAGGUUCCACGUUUUAUCCAAUUUUUUCGAACGAUCAAGCUAUGAUAAAUUUCUGGAAUUAGGAUAUCGAACACCGAUUUAGAAAAAAGUAUAUUUUGCAAAAAUUCGGUACUACGAAUAUAUAGUAUAUUUCGACCUAUCGUCCCUCCCACAGCAAAGUAUACGAGUAGCGGAUAACAAAAGGUUGUCUCACCCUAUGGAUUUUAGUAACGUUGUAUUAGAAAUUGUUUAUAGCGUCGGUAACAGUCACGUUACGUUUAUUCGUUGCUCUUACCAAAUCCAUAGGUCCGCUUAAUAAAAUUACAGCGUCUUCUCGUGUUUCUUAUUUCGUAAACUUCCUUCUGUCUGUAAUUAUAUUCGCGCCGCAGCCAACGUGUUGAUACUACGUACAGGGUUUGAACAAAAUAAUGGAAACACCCCUUAUACGUCAUAUAUAUAUAUGUCGAGUUCUCAUUGGGGUUAGAGGCGUGUUUGGAUUAGCCAUUGUUGUUAUACAAUAUGGAUGAUAUUUACUGGUGCAAAUAGGAUUAGUGGCGAUUAGAUACUCGAGAUGCUAAUGGCAAUGAUCUUAGGUUCAGUAACGAAUCCACGGUCGACGGGAUAGCAAAUGCGCUUUCUUCCAAAGUCUAAGUCCAACUAAACUUACGUGUCCACAAUUCAAGUGUAACUAAACUAAUUGUCCACAGUACAAGUAGAACUCGACUAACUCUGUUAGUUGAAGUGAAACUGCGCUUAUAUACUCUUCUCUGUCCCUCUCUGUACCCCUCGGGUCAACUAUAUUUUUCAUGCAGAGUAAAAUAAUGCCGUAUAAAGCCACGUUAAAACCUGUUUGGACCUAUGGGGUCCAACUAUCGGGAACAGCGAGUAAUUCCAACAUAGAAAUUGUUUAACGAUUCCAAUCGAAAAUUCUAAGAUCCCAAUACAUCGCGAGCUUAAGAUACCCACAUUUAAAGAAGAAAUAUUCAAAUUCAGUAACAGAUUUAAUAUAAGAGUUAACAAUCACCAAAACCCAUUAAUUACUUUACACGACGGAUCAGAUCCGCAGACUGAAAAGACAAUACCCUUUGGAUCGAAGCAUUAGAUUCAACUAGAAUCAAACAUACUGUAAACUCUUAUAAUCCAAGUUACGGUACCACGCCGAAACAAUUUACUUAUAAUUCUCAAUGAGAAUUGAUUGUAAAAAGUGUACCAAAUAAAAAAAAGACUAUAUUUUUAAGGAGAGCUAUGCAACUACUCCAUAUUUCUGUUAGCUAAAAACAUCCAUCCCGUGACCGUGGCUACGUUCAACGACCAGUCGUGUCACUUCGAGCCCGAGCCUACUCUCAUAAAUCUCGGUCAAACAUAAUCGGAUUAAAUCAUAAACAACUACUUCCAAGUUUUAUUAUUUAAGUACAGCUGUAAUAAAAAGUCUAGACUAAAGCAUCGGGGGUGUCCCCAAAAAUUCCGGAAGAAAGGCCCCGUUGUCCUUUCAUCUCCGACAUAUAUAAUAUAAGAUAUGAGAGGUGUUUCGCGCAAUCCCUGUAAAACGCUCCCAAACGAUAUUUUCACAAUCACCGAUAACGCAAAGAAAUUUCCAUGAACUAUAAAACAGAAUCGAACGUCGGUAAAUGGAAUUUGAAGGGAAGAGCCGAAAUCUUCUUUCCCUGCGUACUCGAGGUUCAAAACAGCGGUUCUAGUCGCGUUUCCUUCCUAUCGCACGACACGGAACUUGCAACGAGAGAACGAAACGCGGCCGAAAAGGCUUGCGAUAAUCUGAAUUCCUGAGGGGUAUUUUGCGACCUCGUUUUUCUACGCGGUACCGCGCGUAGCACGCGUGAGGUACGAACCAGACGCAAGUGGAACCAUCCUCAUCGGGAUAUACGUAUAUCGCGUGCCAACUAAACGCAAUUUCGGAAUAGUUUCCCUCGGCGCGCGGAUUAAAUUUUCCUUUGUUCGCGUUAUGGAGUCGGGCCGCGUUCGUCUCGUCUCGUCUCGCCUCGCUUCGCCUCCCAUUGCCGCGUUUCUCGGCCAAGCCGACUGUUCGCCGUGCUUUCACCCGUACCAACAAUUAGAUCGACAACCCUAGGCGUGUACUUUAACUUUGCGGCCUUUCGGAAACGCUGCUAUUUUCUACGCGCCGAAACAUUUCCUCCAAACAGAUAAUUCUGACGCAGAAAGAUGAAACUGUUGGAAGAGUUUAAGGGCCAGGUUUUGAAGAAUUUUGAAGGUAUCGUCGGUGUAGAUCGGGAAUAUUUACGCAGACUAAGCGAUCUGCGCACGCGCGAAAUAUGCAAAUGCGAGUGGAAAAUAUGCAAAGUAUGUUGGCGAUAUGUUGGUUGUACUUUUGAUAUAUCAAAUGUCAUCUGAACGAUGGGAUAUUUGGCAAGAUAUUCGACGAUACUCUGCUCAAAUUUCCGCUCGUUAACCGACCAUGUUUCCACGUGAAAUACACUACCCGAUGAUUUUCUGAAAUAUUCGUUUUUAGCAGAAUUUGAGAAAGCUCGCGCGUUUGCUUCUCGUUCGAUUCAGGUCGCAGGUAAUGACGCGAUGAGCUUAAUUACACCGAACUAUUCCGCGAUAAUUCGAAACAUAAACGUCCUACGCUUAGCCAACCACUCAAAAUCGCAACUGUACGACGUGGUCUAUAUUUGACAUUAGAAGUUCGAAUCGAAUCGUGAAGCAAAGUCGGACACGUAAUGUUACGAUUAUCGUAGAUUCGUUGAAGGAUACGGAACGAUGGUUCGAAACUAGAAAGUUACUGAACCAGGAGGAUACGAAUUAAAACGAUAUAUACGAAUACGUAUAUUUUUGUGUAUUUUCUUGAAAUAAUCCAGACCAGAAGGGAAUAUAUCAACUACGCUACGAACUUUUCCAACAGCUCGAUAAUUCCACGUUAAAGCAACACUCCUCGCGUUCGAUUCUUGUCGAAGAAUCUUCGAAAAUCCGCGAAUCCGCCGGAUAAGAGGCUACGCGUAAUCGCCGAUGUCCCUGAAAGCGCUUUAACGAUUCGUGAAAUAAUUAAAGCGAAUCGUCUGGCUCUGGAUUCGUCGGUUCGGACGAGAGGCUUCAGCAAGAGUCGAAGACGAAACGACGUUCAAUUAGUUGGGUCGGGGGUGGAUCGAAGUAGAAAAACGAGUUCCUAGCGAUUGCGUAACUUGCAAAGCUCUGGUGGAUGUAAAAGGACAAGGUAGGAAAGAACAGCAGGGUCAUUGGCUCUAGCUUCGGUUGGCAGCAACGCGAAAUCACGAUCGACUCUGUUCAAAGCACAAUCGUUUUCGCAAACUCGUGCCUCCCUUUGAUGACCCGAGUAAACGGUAACUCGAUCGCGACGGAUUUGUAACCGUUCCCCAGGCCCCUUGCUGCUUAUUUGCAUGCAAAUUGCCAGCCUUUCACAGACACGAUAAAAAGACAGAGGGAAAAAGGCGAAGAAAAUAGCAUCGCAAGCGCCUGCGAAAGCAAGCAGAGUGUCCUCGCGUGGGACGAAAAUGCAGGAUGAUCUUCUUGCUGGUUAACUCUCGUCGAGUUACUCGAAGGAAGAACGAUAGCAACGGUAGAAUACUAAUUUCUCUUCUAUUAACUUCCAUUAAUUGACCCUUAACGAUCGUUAGUUCGUUUCGCGGUGUUCUCGAAGACGACGGAAAAUUGGCUAAACCACAGCGAUCGUAGACAGAUAGAAACGAAGAUGAAAUUAUCUGUACACCGCCGACCAUAAAUAUUCCAACACCUACGCGUUGCAGUUUAGUUUCCUUGGCGUUUUACGCUGUGAGACGCGCGUAAUACCGCGACCUAGUGACGAAACACUUGGAAAAUCGAAACGGUGAAAAGCGUACAAUUUGCAUUAAUAACACGCACGUGUCAACUUCACGGCUCUUCUGUGCGUAAGUACAAGCUUAUGGUCGGCAAUUUAUGUUUGCAAAUGCAACGGCGGAAUCUUUCGAUCGUUAAGGUUGAACAGCACGAAAAUCCAGCACAGAUUCGGUCUCAACUCGAUUGCCUGUAUUUUUCGAACCGUCGAUGUCCUAUCUUGGAUGCUGCGUCGAAAGCGAAAGUUUUUAACACUCGACAGAAACACGAUCGGGUAGAAGACGAGUGAAAGAACGCGACAGGUUUAAGCAAUAAGAGAAGCACCCUGUGUCUCUUGCGUAUUCAGUCAUUCGAACGAACUCGACUUGACGAACUCGAGAGGAAGAACGUUCCACGGCGAAUCGAGGAAAUCGUGUACGUGUAAAUAACGAUAACGCGACCGCGUUGCUCAGACGCGGAUAUAAAUUCCAUUUGAUGUGCCGUCGACCGAGGAAAACGAAGGCCAGGCGUCAUCGACGCGUGAAACGUAGCGAUAUUUUUUCGGGAAAAGUCAAACGUUCCGACGCGAAAACGUUCUUUGAUCGACCGCGCCCUUUCCACUUGGUCCUGGCGCGCUGCACGGUCUACGUUCGACGAUUCAACGUUUUCACGAGUUUUAUCGCAGCUCGCAAAUGCGUUUGAACGACGAGAAUAUUCGGAGAUGCGUAGAAUCAUAAUAGGUGGAAGUUGAAAGUUGUGGCCUGCGUAAUUGUACGACGAGGCGCUAGUUAUCGUCAUCACCCUCUGUAUUCCAAGGGGUGAAUUCAUCUUCUCUGACGACAGCCCGUCGAAAUCUUCGCGAAUGCGAAUCGCGUAGCACUUUACUUAUUGUACAUACUAUACAUAUGCAUAUAGUACGUGAAUAUUCGAUAUGGCGUAAAUGUUACGUAUUAUUAUAUUUUAUAAUAAAACUGGAAUAAACGAA